AUGGAAGAAGCCGCAAAUGGGCUCUCACGGCUCUCCUCUGGAGUCGGUGUCCCUCGCUCGGCUACAGAGGACGACUCUGGCGACGCUGCAACACUGGCAAGGAAUCGAUGUAUUGUUCGUUUCUUUGCGAACAACAGCCCUCCUGACCAACUCCGGAGCGUCGUGGAAGACUGCGAACUGCUGGCGGACGAUGAGACACUAAUGGGUUACGACUUCGUGGAGGAAGUCUGCGAAGCUGCCCAUGAUGACUCGCUUGCCCUCUUUGCCUUCGUCCCCGAUGAUGAUCAGCCGUUCCUCCAGGGAAUUAUGUGCCGCGAGGGCAAGCUGAGUGAAAACGUGUACCUUUACCCGCCUGCCAAGCUCGCAGUCACACUCUCUCAUUCGACCUGCUCUCUCAUUCUCCCUCCUCGUCCUGCGCCGUCGACCUGCUUCCCGGAGGAGGUUGAGCCUUACCGGAAAGCGCUCGAGGACGCCUUCAGCCGCUAUGUGGAGCUGCGAUAUUCCGACGACGCAGUCGAGCCCCGUCGCUCCGCCGUACGCACGCGCCACGCGACGGCAGUGUAUGCGCGCAUUUUGCCGGAAACGGAGAAGAACGCGAGCGAGGAGACAGCGGAACCCUCGGACGGGCCAGCUCUGCCCAGUGAAACGGACGCCUACGCCCCGCCUCAGUCGGCCGCGGCGGUUGCCUAUGUCCAACAGGGCGGAGGGAAAAUCUACAAACUGACAGCGGCCAUGUCCUUGAGACACAGCAAUGCCGAAAGCUGCUGGGCAGCGGCGCGGACGUCGUACUGGGAAGUUUAUUUUUCGACGGCGAACCAGCGGUUGGCGAUUGAGGGCAAAGUGCGUUUGCGUUCCCACACGUGCGAGGACUGGAAUGCCCAAGUGGACUACCAGCGCAUUUUCGUUUCUCCGACAGAAGCAUCCCGCGGGAAGCCCCGCGAAAUGCCGCAGGCUCCAGAAGAGGACAGCAACGGCGCACGCGAAACUCCCGAGCAGCUUUCGGACGCUUCGCGAGAGAAAGCGCAUGCGUCUGCUCAGGAGGGAAGUCGCCCCGCUGAACGACGCGAAGGCCUUUACGUCGAGAAGUGUGUAGAGGUCAACGAUCCCUCUGCGCUCGUCCGUCGCGUCCUCGAGUUCAUCAAAGACAAAGAGGCCGAUGUCCUUGGCGACGAAAGGCACUGCUUCCAGGCCUACGUGCCGGCCACGCUUCGAGCUCUGCGCCGCGUUCUCUCCCUCACCGGGAGGACGUUCGACUGGCAACAGCAAUCGCUGCAGCUGUAG